AUGGAAAAUACUGUGAAUCCUCACAAUCCUAGGGAGAGCCGUCAACGAUAUCAAAGGACACAUGAGAUUGAGGCCCUCGCCACUCUGAUAGACGGGUGGCUUGAGAAAUACAGCCUCGAACCCGAGCACGUUUUGCCAGCCAACAAUGAUCGAAGUCUGAAGAUCGAGGAUAUGGCCGGGAAAGCGGAAAUCUUGGAGAAAUUGGAAUCGGACCUUCUGCCUUCGAUCAAAAACCACCUCACCUCCCUCUUGACCUCACUCGAGCUAAUCAUCCCCAGGGGGAUGACAGAACCGAACGUCGGGCCAACCCAAUUAAUCUUAACAGAUCUUGAUAGAGUCAUAGAGAGCACUUUAUCUUGCACCGCCGCCCUCACUCUCCAAUCACCCCUACCGGACGAGGAGCACGAUUAUGGCUUACAGAACUUAAAAAUCUUUCGAUCCUCUCAUCUUCAGAAGCAAAUCAAAAUUCUGGUCGGGAGCGUUAUCGCUAGGGGGCUAUUCAUACAUCUUCUCCUCUUUCUCCAAUUCUGUGCUGUUGCAACGAUUAUUUGGGAAGAUGCUCCGAUUUGGAGGAAAGGAAUGUUCGUGAGGGACAAGGUUCAUUCGGUCAUAGCUGAUGCCCUAAAGACAAUCGACAUAACGAUCGAUUGGUACCGACAAUCCGACUGGGAUAUGGUCCAAGGAGCUUGGAACCUCGCAUCAGGCUCAUCCGAUACCGUCCUACAAGAGUUGGCUGGCCUAACCACCCCCGCGAUUCAAUCGGCACCGGAGGCCGAUCCGAACGAUAACACGAAUAUCAACGCGAGAAAUGACGUUUCAAGAGACUCACUAGUUCAACUUCAAGCGGCCAACGCAGCCAUGCCACUCGUCAAACUAGCAAGAAUCUUGGCCAAGAAAACCUCCAAAUCAAUCGCGAAAAAACGACGAGCAGGCGCACUGGAUGUCGAGCUCAACUCGGUGACGAUGAAGGAGCUGAACGAGGCCACGGAAUUGAUCUAUAUGUCUCUAGAGGACCUAUCCAGCCUCUUGCCCCUCCUUACUCGGACAGCUGAAGCAAUGCGCAUCCAUCGUCAAAAUGAGAUUCGGAGUUUAAUCGCCGACCUCCGAGAGGCCAUGGGCACCACUCUGACCAUUCUGGAAUCUCGUCUCGUCCCCUUCAUGGCCAAAAUCCUCGGCGAUUCGAACGAAUUACGCUUGGAGACCUCGUUUCCGAUCUUGAAACAAUCCUGGGAGAAGGCUAGCGAUCGUUUGAUGGAAAUUAGCUUGUCCUUUGAAGUCGACCAAGCCGCCAUUUAA